GAUACACAAACUCCAAAGUGGAGGUGCCCCUGGGCUGGGGGAAGACGGGGCGAGCGCUGCUCUACGCCAGUCGGACCGCUCCGCCGGGAGUCGCGAUGGAGCGCUGGCAGGGCAGGGUCGCAGUCGUCACGGGCGCCAGCUCAGGCAUCGGUGCCGCCGUGGCGAGGGAGCUGGUGCGGCGGGGCAUGAAGGUGGCGGGGCUGGCACGCAGGGUCGAGAACAUCGAGGCCAUCGCACAAGAGCUGAGAGACGCCCCAGGGACGCUGUACUGCGUGAAGGCGGACGUGUCCAUAGAGGAGGAAGUGCUGACUGCCUUCAAGUGGGUCAACGACAACCUGGGCGGAGCGGACGUGCUGGUCAACAAUGCAGGCGUCGCGAACGUUGGCAAGAUAUCUGGUGGCAAGACCAGCGACUGGAAGCAGAUGUUUGACGUGAACGUGUUGGCGCUCAGCAUCUGCACCAGGGAGGCUUUCAAGUCCAUGCGGGAGAGAGGCGUAGACGACGGACACAUAAUUCACAUCAACAGCGUGGCGGGCCAGAUGUUCCUCGACACUGCCGUCGCGACCAUGUACAGCAGCACCAAGCACGCCGUCACGUCUCUCACCGAAGGCUUCAGGAGACAGCUCAGCGCGCUCGGCUCGCGCAUCAGGAUAACGAGCAUCAGUCCUGGGGGAGUCCAUACAGAAAUGAUGACCAAGAACGUACCAGGAGAUAGACUCGCCUCAAUGCCCUUGCUACUUCCAGAAGACAUCGCCGAAGCUGUUGUGUACACGCUGUCGACACCGCCAAGAGUACAGGUACACGAACUGACCAUCAGACCAGUGGGCGAGAUUCUAUGACAGAAGAUGUUCCAAAAACCAAUACACCGUCUUUCUUUGGCAUCCAGUAUUUAAAGCAUAGAGUAAAUAAAUUACUGGGUACAGAGUGGGCACUCAAUGCUAUUUAAUCUCCACAUUAUAUUCUCAAUAAUUGUCCUACAAUAUCGCAAAAUUGACAAAUAUAAAUGUGAUGUGGUCAUAUUUUUGUUUCAUAAAAAAUUGGGUUAAAAGUCUAUAAAUGAUGUGUGUUAUUCAUAAACUAUAUGUUUGAUUGUUAUUCUCCUAUGUAUGAAUACAACAAAUGGUCAAAAUGUGCACAAUGUCUGUAUGAGGUAACCAGAUCUUGUUUCGUUGGCAUGUGGAGUAGCAGUCCUGCAAUGUUUUUCUAGGGAUUUGUAACAUUUAAUUUAGAUAAUGUAACGAUUGGAGGUUGAAAGAAAAAGGCAUAUCAAAGUUGUUUCAUCUACUCUACUUACAGCAUAACUUACACAUAAUACAUAUCAAAUCCAUGCAUAUUUCACAAAAAUCCCUAUCACUGAAUGAGAAUCUUUGCAGCUAGCACACUGAUCACUUUCAUCACUCCAUGCCUUGGUCUUCAUUUGUCCAAGUUUCAAGUUCAACAUUACCAAAAAUUCUGUUUGUCAUAUUUUAAAGUAAUAACUAUCUGAGGGUUUUAUAAAGUGGAAACUAAAUAAAAAACUUUUUUAUUAAAUAAAUAUAAUAGCUUUAUAACUUUCAUUUAUUUUUCCAGUUUUCAAUUUAGCAUUGGGGUGCCAGUAUAAAAAAAAUGGCUCAAUGGUUCCUGUAGAAUGUCCAGCCCUGAAUUGACAAUAAACUAUACCGAACCAAAAAAAAAAAAAAAUGUUAAAGUACCUUACACCGUUUGGACAUAGUUCUGCCCAGGGCAGUAUUCGUAACCCAAUACCGUCCGCUGCAUGUUGCAGUUGUCAGAGCACACCAGGUGACGUCUGCUGUUGUCAACCACUGUCCUGUAGUGCAUUGUUUCAUUUGUUUUGAAUGACUGUGUUCCUCAAUAUAUACUUGAUUAAUCACAAUGGCUGGUUAGGUUUCAGCCAUGGUUUUUAAAUACAGUGUUUUCUGUGAUGUCACUUGUGAUCCGUUAGCGCGGAAGUGACGACAAGUAACACCUGACCAGGCCACCACCAAGAGCACAUAUUAUACCAAAAUAUUUUGUUGUAACUGAUUGGUAAUCUGUUUUAAACCUUUAUAAAUUCUCGUUUCUGCGAGUCUCUCAUCGGACUUGAGCAGCAGUGUGCCAUCAGCACGUGAGCUGGCAACAAUGUACAGGACCGGCCGACCCUUGGUUUUUGUGAGUUAAAACUCCUAUUAUCACAGGGUGCUGGAACCAAGUUUUUCAGACUGACGAUCAGUACCAACAUGGUGUCCAAACUAUCGUACAAGGAAGUGUAACAUGUGAUUGUAACAGUACUCUUCAGUGCUUGUUCGGUACAAUAAACCAGCAGCUUGCUGCGACCUGAAA